AUGAAGAAGCAAGUGUCCAAUGCUGGGGAAGACAGAGCCAUGCUGCUGGGAUUCACUAUGAUGGGCCUUUCAGUACUGAUGUUCUUUUUACUGGGGAUCGCAAUACUGAAACCCUUCAUGCUCAAUGUAUGGAAUGAAGAGUCCAACUGCACAAUUAUCCAGGCGGAUAUAAUGGAUGACUGGGUGGACUGUUCUUUCACCUGUGGUGUAGACUGCCAUGGCCAAUCCAAAUACCCCUGUCUUCAGAUACUGGUGAACGUGUCUGCUUCUGGUCAUGUUGCUUCUCUGCAUUACAAUGAAGAGGCUGUCCAGAUAAACCCCAAGUGCCAACGAGACAAGAAUGAUCUACUGGAUGGUGUUCUAGAUGUGAAACAGUACUUCGAACGCAAGAAUGACACUCCGUUCGCAUGCUUUCAUCGACAUGACAGUAAACCAGAA